AUGGCGAAUUCUACAUCGGCCUUUUUCUACGGAACUCUGAUGGCGCCCCAAGUCCUUCAUCGCGUCUGCCACAACUCCAUGGAGCCCGACAACCCAAUCUUCGCGACCCAUCAGUUCAAAAGUUACCCUGCAGUACUACAUAAUUUCCGUCGACACCGUGUGCGUGGCUGUGACUAUCCAGCUAUUGUUCCAAGCACAGGCGACUCUGUGCGUGGGACAUAUGUGACGGGAUUGACAGAGAAUGAUGUACGACGUCUGGAUCUUUUUGAGGGCCCAGAAUACCGCCGCGACAUCGUCAAAGCUCACAUCCUAACCACAGUCGGCGACGAAGCCGGCAGAGGCAACAUCGAAGGAGACACAGUCGAAUGCCAAACCUACAUCUGGCAAUCCAGUCCUGAAAAUCUCGAAGACAGCACCUGGGAUUUUGCAGAGUUCAAGCGAGAGAAGCUUUCGUAUUGGGCUUCACCUGCUGGCGCGGUGGAAUAUGAAGACGUGGACAAGGAGUAUGUUGAUGGUACAGGCGGUAGGGGUGCGAGUGGUGACAUUACAAAGGCGCUCAAAGAGGAGCACGAAAGGGCGAGGGAAUAG